AUGGGGGACUUAGCAUUUGCAAAGCAGUUUCUGAACACCCUGGAUGCGAAGCCCACGAAAUACCAAGCAGAUCAUGUCUUUGAUCCCAAGACCUUCCAACUACGAGUUCCCUACACACUCCCUAAAUUAUCUACCCCUCCGCAUCCAUCUCCGCCAAAGACAUCGCCUGCAACCGCGCCAGCACCAGGCUCUGAAGCCGCAGCACCCUCAGCAUCCAUAAUACUCAAGUCUGCUCGGAACCCCAACAUGACGUUGACUUUACCGUCUUUAAACCCCACUACGAUCACUAUUCAAUCUCUGAAAGAACAGGUACAAUCAUAUUUAGGUGGCCCGUCAGUCGUGGGUAUUGACAAGAUCAAAAUCCUGCUCAACAAGAAACCCGUGCCACCGUCGAGGAGAACCGUCGUCGAGGCAUUGGAUGACAAGCUCGGGACGGCAAAGGAGAUUGAAUUCGGUGUUAUGAUUAUGGGAGGCGCUCCAGACCCACCUCCGCAACAACCUUCCGCCACGGCAACGAGGCAAGCGGCUGAAAUCACGCCUAUGGAAGGUGUGGAGGCCACAAAAGUGAGUUCGGAGCCGGUACAGCCUGGUGCUGCGAGCGGUGCUGCCGUGCUUGAAACGCCUGCUUUUUGGGAUGAUUUGCAAGGAUUUCUGGAGCAGAGGAUACGUGAUCAGAGCGAGGCACAAACAUUAAGAGGGGUGUUCGAGAAGGCGUGGCGAAGUUCGACGUCGGCUCCUUGA